GAUAAUCCCAUCCCCUGAUAUAUCCGGUUCGGAGAAAUGGAGGAUCCCCCGCCGGAAGCAGCUGGGCGAAGGGAAGUCAGGGUGAAGGAGGAUAGAAAGAAAAAGCGGAAAAGGGAAAAGGUAGAGGUUGAGGGUGUAGAGGAGAAAUCGAGUGAGAAGAGGCUCAAGAAAGAAAAGAAGGAGAGGAAGGAGAGGAAGGAAAAUGGGAAGAACGAAAAGGAGAAGAAGAAGCGCAGGAAAUCUAAUGUUGAAGUCAAGGAGGAAACUGUGGCCGAAAACGACGCCGGAGCCAAAGUGCAAAUUGAAGACGAGGAGGAAAUGGAGACUGAACAGCCUACGCCGCCCAUCGAAGAACCCUCUCAGCUAAAGAAAAAAGAAAAGAAGAAACCAAAGCCCGAAGUCGGCCCAGAGUCUACAGAAGCGUCAGAACCAGUUCCGCCGCCAAAGCACCUGGCAAUUCUCGAAAAACUCCGGAAGGUUAAGGAGAAAGUUUCCUCAGCUUCAACUUCCACCACCACCCCCGCAGACACAGCUGCCAAAGAUUCAGAGGCUGGGGUCAAUGGCGAGGAGAAAGUACAACUCCCAGCCCCGGCAGGCCUCGAACCCAUCCCCCAACCCCCGCUCACAAAGGCUGCAAAACCGCAAAUCCCACUAUCAUCCGCGCUCCCCCAAUGGCUCGCCAACCCAAUCACCGUCGACCCCUCCAGGACUCAACCAUUCUCCGAAAUAACAUGUGUAUCACAAAAGCUCCACUCCCGCCUCUCAGCGCUCUCAAUGACAAGCGCAUUCCCCGUUCAAUCUGCUGUCAUCCCACUGCUCCUAUCCCCCGAUUCCGGGGAUAUAUGUAUUUCCGCCGCAACAGGGUCUGGCAAGACGUUAGCUUACGUACUCCCGAUUGUGCAAGCAUUGUCGACUCGCGUGGUCACCCGUCUGCGUGCGGUGAUAGUAGUACCGACGAGAGAACUCGUCUCACAGGUACACUCCGUUGCGUGCUCGCUGUCUACAGGCAACAGUUUAAAAAUUGGAACGGCGGUGGGUUCGAAAGCGUUGCCGCUUGAACAAGCACAGUUAGUCGGCGAGGGUGGUAACGGUGGGAGUAAGAUUGAUGUGUUGGUGUGCACGCCCGGGAGAUUGGUUGAGCAUAUCAAGACUACAAAAGGGUUUACUCUCAAAUUUCUAAGGUGGCUUGUCAUCGACGAGGCGGAUAGACUUCUUGCGCAAAGUUUUCAGGAAUGGGUGUCUACGCUCAUCGGCGAGAUUGAGAGGGUGGAUGUCAGUGCGCAGGAAGAGAAGUUUAACAGUGUGCUCGAGGACUUGGGCAUCCGCCUGAAACCCCCCGGAAGUAGGGUCCGCAAGGUCGUCCUAAGCGCAACAAUGACCCGCGAUGCCGGCAAGCUUUCUGAUCUGAAACUGCGUAAGCCGAGUAUGAUCGCCACAAUAAUAUUCACCUCCUCAAACUCAACAGCAACUCGUCUUUCCACCCUCCUAUCCACCUUCUCUUCCCACCCCGCCGCCCCACCGCCUGCCACCAGCUGGAUCACAAAAUGCAUAACCUCCGAAACACCCCGGAAGCAGCGCGCCCGCUACAUCCAUGCCUUCACAAAGGGUGAAGCGGGCAUACUUGUGUGUUCUGACCUUGUUGCCAGAGGACUGGAUAUCGAGAACGUGGCGAUCGUCAUAAACUAUGAGGUCCCGGCGAGCGUGAGGGGGUACGUGCAUCGGGUUGGGAGGACCGCACGAGCAGGGAGAAACGGCGUGGCGGUGUCAUUGGUUGGGGAGAAGGAGGCGGGGUGGUUUUGGGCGAAGGUUGGGGGUAGGGGUGUCGUUAGGAGUGGGGGCACGAUUGAGAAGAGGAGGUUGGAGGUCCCGGCUGAGGGUGUGGGGUGGAGGGGGGCUUAUGAGGAGGUUUUGUUUGGGUGAUCCCGUUCGUAUGUGGUGGUGGUGGUUGUGGUGGAAAUGUAUCGUAUGAUAUGUAGCGGGUAAUGAAAGUAUUAUAGCUGGUUGGAUACAAAA